CCAUCAGUUCUUCAACGAAAUAGAAGUGUAUGUUCCUCAUUUUUCUCUAAUCCCCUUUAUCGAUGAAACUAAUCACUGAAGGAAGCUGGAAAGAAACUUAAUUGUUUUUUCAGUUCUCAGUUAUUAUCCAUCACUCUUGCUAAUACAUUUUUAUUUUUUAUUUUUUUGUCCUACAGAUAAGUCAGGUAAAAAAUUAUUGUUUUUUUUGUUCCUAAUUUUCUAGUUUGCCUCUUAAGAACCCUUGUUAGUUAUUAGAGUCGCUGUUGUAGAUAUUUGGCAAGAUUUGAUUUUUAGGACUGCUGUGUUAGAAUGGGAGCUUCUCUACAAAUUGAGUUCGUCAACUGCAACCUUUUGCUAAAGGGAAUUAACUCAACCCGCUUAUCGAAAAAGUUAAAUAUAACCUCUGCCAUUAAACACUCCCAGAAGCAGGAAGAGCUAUCUCUCACUAUGUCUCAUGUUGCUGAUCAGAAGAAAGUUCAAAAGGCUGGAAAAGUAGAACAUCACUUAUGGAAGAAAAGAGAAUCUGCUGGAUCUGGGCAAAAAGCGCUCAAUCUUGUUCGGCUUAUUUCUGGACUUCCAAAUGAGAAAGAGUCUGUUUAUCGUGCAUUAGAUAAAUGGAUUGCAUGGGAGACAGAGUUUCCGUUGAUUGCAGCUGCUAAGGCUCUAAGAAUCUUAAGGCAACAGCGGAUGUGGAAACGAGUAAUUCAAGUUGCUAAGUGGAUGUUGAGCAAAGGUCAAGGAGCAACAAUGGCAACCUAUGAUACACUUCUACUGGCAUUUGAUAUGGACAAAAGGGUAGAUGAAGCAGAAACAUUAUGGAAUAUGAUUUUACAUACAAGCACACGGUCUGUCCCAAAACGGCUCUUUUCCAGGAUGAUUUCAUUAUAUGAUCAUCAUCAUGUACCAGAGAAGAUAGUUGAGGUGUUCGCAGAUAUGGAGGAGUUAGGGGUAAAACCCGAUGAAGAUACAGUCAGAAGAGUCGCCAGAGCCUUCCAAAUGUUGGGCCAAGAAGAUAAGCAUAAACUGGUUCUCCAAAGGUAUCAAAGAAAAUGGAAAUAUGUCCAUUUCAAUGGUGAAAGGGCAAGAGUGAGAAGAGACAAGGAAUGAAUAAAGCUAUUCAAAGAAACACUUAUCAAGUGGUAUUGGUUAAAGUCUUGAUCAGAUGCAUAGAGUCUUUUCUCUGCAGCGUUUGUUUUUUUUCUAUGCCUUGCAUUGGCGGUGAAGACUGGUAUGUAGUUGGUUGAUAUUGUACAUGUACUGGAACAUAUUCAUGUCGGAGAAAAUCAAACUUGCUGUACUUGUAUUGAUAUAUCCCUGGUGAGAUUGUGUUUUGAAUACCAAGAUUCUACUCGGCUGAUGAUAUGACACAUAACUAGAAGUCAACAAGAUUGAUCAAAUAGUAUCCUUAUAGCAGUUGGUUUCUUUUGCAAAAGCAAGGGUAGCAAACCAUACUACACCUUAUAGUGGAUGGAGUUUUCCCCGUUAUACUGAUUUCAUUGGGGUUUUUUCAUAGGAUGCUUGGUUAUGGAGGUGUUGUUUCGUUUAUGUUUUAUUAUAGUUGUAUCUAAGUUUCAUGUGCAGAGACCUUCCUUUCAACUAUUAAUGGUUUCGAAGUAUUCAUGUAAUCCUUUUCAUAUAGGUAGAUUUUCCUUUCAACUAUUUAUUAUGUAUGUAUGUACACAAUUCUUUUAAGUUUUUUCACAUCAUUUUGGGA